CAGGUUGCCUAAAGACCCCUGAGUUAAGAGAACAGUCUGAGCGGACAGGCAGGCAGAAAGAGGAUAUCUUACCGGAAGUCAGUCAGCCAGCUAUUUCCGCUUCCUGUCUAGAGAUCCGCUCAACUACAUCACAUCAUAAUGCCAAAAUCAAAGGAAGUGCUGUCCUCCACAUCUGGAAGUGACUCCGACAGUGAAGUAGAGACUAAGGCAAAGAGAAAGAAGUCAAGUGCACCAGAGAAACCAGCCAAGAAACCAAAGAGCGGAGAGAGCUCCAAGCCAGGUGGAUCAUCCAAGGGCAACAGUAAUGAGGACGACAACAUGUUCCAGAUUGGAAAGAUGAGAUAUGUCAGCGUCAGGAACUUCAAAGGUAAAGUCCUGAUCGACAUCAGAGAGUACUGGAUGAACCCAGAUGGGGAGAUGAAGCCUGGCAAGAAAGGUAUCUCCCUGAAUCCUGAACAAUGGACCCAACUGAAGGACCAGAUUUCAGAAAUCGACGAUGCCAUGAAGAGAAUAUAAGCAUUCCUUUUAAUGUUAUCUGUUGAACUACUUGCGUUAAACUAGCUAAUCAGUUUUGUAAAAAGCCUUGGAUUGUUUUCUAAUGGACUUGAUUAGAUUGUAGUUGUAUGGAUCUAGUGUCGUCCACAUACUCUGGUUUUCUGUGUGAAAUUUUAUUUUUGAGCCGUCGAAGUAUAGUGUGGGCGGCGGCUGAGUAGGUGGUGGAUCAUUACAGUCGGUGGGUAGAGUGUAUGAAUACACUGAUGUUUUUGUAUUGAAUGAUAAAAACGAGGCACUAGCUUAAUAUUGUUGUUCUAUGUGUAAGUUUAUGUUCACAGUUUCAGUGUCGUGUAAUUUUUUUUUGUUUGAUCUGACUUUUGUAAUCCGUAGCACCCCAACAUCAGUGCUCGUCAUUUCUGAAAGCCGAGUCCACUCUGUCAUGUAGUACCUGGUAGAUUCAUUGUGAACCAUGGGUCAGCUUUUAAAAAUAAAUGAUACCAUUAAACAAA